AUGAGCUGCGACUUCGACAAGAACAAGCAGCCACGACCACGAGACCUCGCCUUAUCGGUCAACUCUAUCUGUCCGGUAAUGACAGACGGUGACGAGGGAAGCGGUGACAAUCCUCUCUUUGUGCGUGAACGACGUUCUGGACGUUCUGGCUCGGGACUUAAGGAGCCGCCCGAUGAAUCAACAGCUUUCAGAGGUUCCUCUAGUUUCAGCAACACAGCAGAACGAACCGCUCGAGAAUUCGACUUCGAGGAAGAGGCGACAAAGCCAAAGCUUGGACAAAAGCUCGCCCAGGCACAAAAGGUAGACCCAUUGAUUUGGAUCGUUACCCUGCAUCCUUGCAAUCGAAAUGGCAAGCUCCAGAUAGCUCUUCCAGCAUCCGUCGUAACGGCAAAUCAUCAUCGAAGUCCUCGAGUCUGCUUCAGCGACUCUUUCGACGCAGCAAUCGCCCGCCAGAUUCAGGAAAAGGAACAAGAACAAGAAGCGAGACUGCGCCAGGCAGCGUCACGUACCCGCAACUGCGCAGUCUGCGGCGACGCAACGCUUGUCAUUGAACUUCCUUCAUUAUCUUCCUGUACUCACGAUGCUGACGCAUACGCCAGCAAGGACAUCUUCGAGAGGUAUGACGCCAUCCAGGUUCGCAAUUUGUUCAGUGCGGAUCCGGACUUCCGCUGGUGCACGACUCAGGAUUGUGGCUCGGGGCAGAUCUAUGAUGUUGAAGAGUUCGGCAACGAGUUCGAAUGCGUAGAGUGUCAUGCGCGGUUCUGUGUUCGGCACGAAGGGCCUUACCAUGAUAACGAGACGUGUGAGGAGUACGAGUACUGCACCAGUGGCCAGAAAGACCGCGACGAACGCAAGAAGGAGAAUGAGGCUAGCGAGCAAGCGGUGGGAAGGCUAACAAAUGGAAUGAAGAUGGACGCAAUUGAUGCAAGCCAGUACGACGCAAACGAGUACUUUGGGAUCCGCCACAAAUCAAGAGCAAUUGCCGCCUCUGCUCAGUAUAAAAGUCAGGAUGGGCGAAGGAGUUCAGAACGUCAGGAUGAUCUUCGACACCAAAGAAUAGAGGAAUCAACAUUGGAACAGCAUGGAAUUACACCUUCUUGUGAAAAUGAUAACAUCCUGUUCCAAGCAUCCUCUAGUGGCUUUCUUCGUAGUACUCCACAGAGUACAGCGCGAAGUAGAGCAUCUUCACGAUCAAGAUCGAGAAACUCAUACUCAUCUACUCCUAGGCCAAAACGUCCCCGGGUUGAUACUGUUGAAUCAGAGCUUACUAUAGAAGAGCGACGUAUUGCAAAUAAGCUUGCUGAGGCUGAAGCUAGCCGUGCAGCAGCAGAGGCUAGUCGUAUAGCAGCAGAAGCACGUCGCGCAGAGCUAGAGAAUCAGAUGUUUGAGAUUCAGGUUGCAAAAGCAAGGAGAGAAUUCGAGCAAAGUUCACAACGUCUUUAG